AUGGCGACCGAACAGAAGGCGGGAGAUACAAUCCACUUCGAAACUUCGGAAGACGGACUCGGAUACCUCAAAGAUGUUGGACUCCAUGAUGCCGGCCUCGCCAGUGGUGCCCUCGAGGGCACGGCGCAGGAGCACAGCAUGAGCGUCUUCCAGGCCUUGAAGACGUACAAACGCGCGGCAUUCUGGUCGAUCCUCAUCUCCACCACCGUCGUCAUGGAGGGCUACGACGUCACGUUGUUGGGGUCCUUCUAUGGCUACCCGAGCUUUCGACGCAAAUACGGCGCAUUCCUGAACGAGGAGAGCGGCUACCAGAUUUCGGCGAACUGGCAACAACGCUUCAAUUGCCUAGGUGCCUUUGCCAACAUCAUCGGCGCCCUGCUCAACGGGUGGGCCACCGCCAGAUGGGGCCACCGCAAAGUGCUCAUGUUCAACCUGUUCUCGCUGGCCGGGCUCAUUUUCAUUGUCUUCUUCGCCCCCACGAUCGAAGUCAUGCUUGUCGGCCAGUUCCUCUGCAACAUCCCUUGGGGGGUGUUUGCCACCACCGGUCCUUCGUACGCGGCCGAGGUCACGCCCUUGGCCAUCCGCGGGUAUCUCACCGCGUACGUCAACCUGUGCUGGUGUAUUGGGCAGUUCAUUUCCGCUGGCGUCCUCAAGGGCCUCGUGAACAACACCACCGAGUGGAGCUACCGCAUCCCUUUCGCGGUCCAGUGGAUAUGGCCGAUCCCACUGUUCCUGGCAGCUUGGUUUGCCCCCGAGUCGCCGUGGUUCUUUGUUCGGACGGACCGAAUCGAAGCUGCCAGGAAGUCCCUGGAGAGGCUGACCCAGCCGGAACAUCACGGUGAAAUCGACGCCACCAUCGCCAUGAUGGUGCACACCAAUAAGCUCGAGCUCCAGGAGCGAGCGGGAGUGUCUCUCUGGGAUGCAUUCCGUGGCACAAAUCGACGCCGUACUGAGAUCGCCUGCAUGGGCUUCCUAUCUCAGAUCACCAACGGCGGCGCCCUCUGCUACAGCGGGUCCUUCUUUUUCCAACAGACGGGCAUCAGCGCCAAUGCCGCGUACGCCAUCUCGUUGGCCGGCACCGGCAUCGCCUUUCUGGGCACCAUCAUCUCCUGGCUGUACAUCUAUCGCUGGGGCCGGCGCACCAUCUGGCUGGUCGGGUUUGCCUUCCUGGUCGUGAUCCUGUGGACCAUUGGUUUCCUGGCGCUGCCUUCGCAGACCAAGAGUCUGGCGUGGGCACAGUCGAUCCUGUGUCUUGUCUGGCUGGGCGCGUACUCCAUGUCCGUGGGACCCAUCAUCUACACUCUCGUCGCCGAGAUCGGCUCGACUCGACUCCGCACGCAGACGGUCGUGCUGGCGCGCAGCACGUACUAUGUUGGCAACAUCAUCUGCGGUGGACUGCUUCAGCCCGAGCUGAUUUCUCCGGGCGCGUGGAAUGCCAAGGGCAAGACUGCAUUCUUCUGGGCCGGCCUCGCGACGUUGACAUUGCUGUGGGGCUACUUCCGCCUGUUCGAGACCAAGGACAGGACAUUUGGCGAGCUGGACUUCAUGUUCCAAAAUAGCGUUCCAGCCCGAAAGUCUGCCAAGUAUCAGAUCAGAGAAGAGGAGCUUUAUGCCGCAGACGGCGAGGAGAAGAAAGCGUGA